AUGUCCGAAUCAGAAGCUACGGAAGAAUCCAUUGAUUCCCGAGUUUCAACCAUUGAAGGCCAAAGGAUGGAAGACAAUAGUUCGCAAGCAUCAAACCCCGAAGAUAUCUACAAGGACAGCAUUCUGGGUAUCGACCAAGACACCGUACAGGAUUCGAUGACGGAGUACGAUGAGGCAGACCCAGAAAGAGGCAGGACCAAGAUCUUCCAAUAUAAAGGAGCCGACAAGCUGAAUAAAGGAGCGAUAAUCCUGCCGGGUCAGAAUGGUCGUCUUAAACCCUUGGAGGCCAUAGAACUAUUACCUGAACUUGACAAAACAGUCACGUUGUACGAGAGUACAAAAGAGUUUAUUCGGGUAGCGAAACCUGCUAGCAUACAAUCGGUGGAGAUGCUUGCCGAAAUGAAUAACGAAGGAGACAAGCAAUUCCAUAAGAUCCAGAGAUACUUAGUCAGACACUCGCAGGUGUCUCAAGGCCAAUCCAAUUUGGCUACGAGACACUGGGUGGCGAGGAUUGUCUCACACAUCUCUCAUAUUGCCAAAUACCUGGAGGAAGUGGCGGGAAACCGUGAAGAACAAGAAAAGUUUGGAAUCGACGUUACCGACCAAGGAUGGAUCGACUUCCUGGCCGAAAUAAGAAUGUGCAAUGUCAAGUUGAAUGACCUGGAGUAUGUAAGUGCUCUGUUUCUAACCGGCUCGGGGAAAGCAAUCAUCGCUUACAUCCCUUGUCCAAGGAAUGAGAUGCACAUCAAUCUCAUCACCAGCAUCAAAGGCCUGAGCAGCGAUGACUUCGGCAACUUCAACUGGCUAUCAUACAUUCGUCUCAUCAAACUCCAGAUGGCUGUUCUCGCAACUUCCAACUAUUUGAGAUUAUAUCACAUCCAAGCUUGGGACAAGUCAGCAAUCCGAUCCCCUCUCGCGAAUGGAAAACCGCAUUACGCUGUAGUCUGCCGAGCAGGCACCCCGCCUGCCUCUUCUGAUGAUGAUGACAACCCCUCGAUAACUUCACCAAUGCCUCAUUCUGAUCACAGCAACGAAAAAUUAAAUCAGCGAAGAAAAUACAGAGAGGAAAAGAAAAACUGGAGAGAGACUAAGAGAACUGAGAAGGGGCCAAGGAAGUUUAGAGCUAUUCUCUCUAACCUUGGAGGAAGAAUCCGAAUGAAAGACAUCAUCAAUCUCAUUGAAGAUAGUCCUAAUGUGGAAUGCUUCAUAAUUUCGGAAAUCUAUGCAAGCACAGACGGCCAUGUCGGAGUGUAUGUUGAAAUCGACAUGUCCACCGGUGACGAUGAGAAAUGGACCCGGAAAAUGAUAACUGAACCACUGCCCCUUGAGGAAGGAUAUAAACACGCCAUGGAACUGACCCUCGAAUGCCACCGCAUGAAGCAGGCAGAUGCCUGCCUGGAUAAACUAGAAACAGCCCUGGGCGAACUCAUAGACGAAUUCGAAAACGAACAGUUUCGUUACAAGCGAAAAUCUAAGAUAAGAGCAAAGCUCAAAGCCUCAGCGACAAAACUUAGAUCCAUUAUCGUACGGUUAAGGGCUGCGGACCAACGGAAACAAGCGACAAAUGUGGACAAGAUCGGUGACGUGGAUAUCAACACGUCAUGGAAGGUGUUCGGCGCUGUGGUGAAAAACGCCAACCAACAGUCCAUCGAGCAAGAGAUUGAAACUGUAGCCGACUCGCUCGUCUCUUUGCAGCUACUCUCCGUUCCCCCGAAAGAGGCAGAACCUCCACCUGCUAGAAAAAAACUGCCGAGUCUGCCGACCGCUGGAAUCUCGAGCCUUAUGCUGGAUCCGAUCAGACUCGCCAUCGAAGAAGUCGAUCCGGCGGACGAUGGAGAGGAACUCGAAGACGAGGAGGAGUGCAGCGACAUUCACCAGGGCGAUGCCGACUUAUGGGGCAACAACGACGACAUCAUCGUUAUCUCCGACGAUUGCCUGCUGAAAACCUGCGGUGGAUCCAUGAUGGACACCGUAGGCAGCAUGCAGAGAUCAGCCACGAGAAUGCUCAAGCUCUUCAGGAGACUAGGGAUUAAGACGGAAUCCAGCAAAACAACUGCCCUUCUUUUCAAGUUCGUAUGUAUCGAACAACGAGUGAAGUGUGUACAAGAAGGUGUUGAUGCCAAGUAUAUGGACGAACUGGUCGCCUACUUUCCCACGGUUCGGAAAAUGAUCCUUAUCAGCCGUGCCCUUCUGGAAAACCCGAGUUUCAUAACAUGGCUCAACGACUUCCAAUUAAUACCCAGCGGGAUAGGAACAGCCUUAGGCUUAUUCGUGGAAGACUGUGACGACAGGGAAGAAUUUGGUCUCGACGUCUCUGUACCUGACUCCUUAGCGCAUAGGAUGAAACAAUAUGCAGCAACCUAUUCGAAUCGAUUCAAAGAUCAAGAGGAGGUCGAGGACUUUAUUCUGGAUGGAAUCAAAAAGCCGAAAGAUACGAAUCUGGACGUAUCGACAGCCUUCAAACUAUUUAAAUGGAUAGAAGGCGGAGGAAUUCGUCUCUCAAAAACUACGGCUUCGCUUAAUCGUUUGGAACGUUCAGAAGGACAAAGAGAAUGGAAGCUCCCCUCGAUACAGGAUAAGUUCUAUCGUUUGGCAAGUCGUGUUAUCUUCGGUGAAUACAACAUCCCUCCGACAAUGAUGGCUGGAUGGGCUCUUCCUCUCGCGAAGGAUAAGGAAAUCAAGCCACUUCUUGAUGAAAUUACAAUAUCAUCUGGGUCAGUGAAGCGCUUCUGUCAAGCUCUGACUAUGCGACCCGGUGCAAUAGCUACAGUCGGUUUGAUCUCAACCCUCUACGCGGAAGUGGAAAAAGCUGGUGGUUUCGUAUCGAAUGGAUUGGAUCUCCAGUGGAAAAUUGUGGACUCAAUCUCCAGCAUCAUGGACCAUCCAAGCCUAUAUGAGAUAAGGCAGCUGCCUGCAUCAACCACUGAUACCAUACUCGCACGUUGUGGGGGAACACGCCAAGAUGUUCGCGGAACUAAUGGAAUCUUUACCUGGGAAUCCGAAAUGAGCCGCUUCCUUGGGAAGAGCCUUGAGAAGACCCUAACUCUUGAUAUGGUGCUGAAGAAAAGACUCGGCUCCUCGCUGUAUAGUUUUGUUAACGCAUUUGUUUACAGCGGGCUGUCUGACGUUUGUUCUGUCUGCGACGCGACCAAACUUGCCAGCCAUGAAGCUAGAAACGAUGAUGAAAUCUUCAAACGCUUCGAACUGUUCCGGUCAUUCCUGUCGAUCAGUACAGAAAAAAUAUGGCGUGCAGUUAAAGGACCUCUGAAUGAUCAACUUUGGAUGAAUGUGCUCCUCAAAAGUCUGGGAGACAAAAACGGCCCUUCUGAAGAAAUAAACCCUAAGUGGGUCAGCAAUGCACUGAUCAGCAAGCUAUUCGACCCUGACUCAACCCGCCAUAACGGCUCCAAGAAGAGGAAAAGGGAAGAAUAUGACCUGCUUGCAAUAAGAAAUGAAAUUCUUCAACUGUGCCCACUCACUGACCAACUGAAUGCCAAGAGGAUAAAGUUGGAUGAAAACGAGUCAGAUCAUAACGAACCGCCAUCACUGGAAUCGUUAUAA